UAUAAAACCUUGAAAGGUGCCAUUUCUUCGUGAUUUGGGUGUGGAGAAGAAGAGCACGUUCAGUGCCAACGGGAAUUCAUCAUCGUUUGUUCGGCGGCAAAGCCCGACGUUUUGGUUUGUUCAACGAUGGAUCAAGGGAGGCAGGUAUUCACAGUGGACCUUCUUGAGCGAUAUGCUGCAAAAGGUCGUGGAGUUAUCACUUGCAUGGCUGCCGGAAAUGAUGUCAUUGUGAUUGGAACCAGCAAAGGAUGGGUCAUCAGGCAUGAUUUUGGGCUUGGCAAUUCAUCUGAGAUUGAUCUCACUGUGGGUCGUCCUGGGGACCAAUCAAUCCACAGGGUUUUUGUUGAUCCUGGAGGGAGUCACAGUAUUGCCACUGUUGUUGGUCCUGGAGGAGCUGAAACUUUCUAUACUCAUGCCAAAUGGAACAAGCCACGAAUUUUGAGCAAGCUGAAAGGACUUGUUGUGAAUGCUGUUGCAUGGAACAAACAACAGAUAACUGAAGUUUCCACAAAGGAAGUUAUUCUUGGUACUGAAAAUGGUCAACUUCACGAGCUGUAUGUGGAUGAGAAGGAUAAGAAAGAGAAGUACAUCAAGUUUCUCUAUGAAUUAAGAGAACUUUCUGAAGCUUUUAUGGGCUUGCAGAUGGAAACAGCUACCAUAAUUAAUGGGACUAGGUAUUAUGUGAUGGCAGUUACUCCUACUCGUCUUUACUCUUUCACUGGCUUUGGGUCACUAGAAACUGUUUUUUCAGGUUAUUUAGAUCGUACUGUGCAUUUUAUGGAACUUCCUGGUGACAUACCAAACAGUGAGUUGCAUUUUUUCAUUAAGCAACGGAGAGCUGUACAUUUUGCAUGGCUUUCUGGAGCUGGUAUUUACCAUGGUGGCUUAAAUUUUGGAGGACAACAGAGUUCUUCAGGUGGAAAUGAAAAUUUUAUUGAGAACAAAGCUCUUUUGGACUACUCCAAAUUGUCUGAAGGAGCUGAAGUAGUUAAACCAAGUUCAAUGGCAUUGUCUGAAUUCCAUUUCUUGUUGCUUCUGGGGAAUAAGGUUAAGGUUGUAAACAGAAUUAGUGAGAACAUUAUUGAGGAACUUCAGUUUGAUCAAACUUCUGAUUCAGCAUCAAAGGGUAUUAUAGGGUUGUGUAGUGAUGCCACAGCUGGUUUGUUUUAUGCAUAUGAUCAAAACUCCAUCUUUCAGGUGUCUAUCAAUGAUGAGGGCCGAGAUAUGUGGAAGGUAUAUCUUGACAUGAAUGAAUAUACUGCUGCUUUAGCAAAUUGCCGUGACCCUUUUCAAAGAGACCAAGUAUAUUUAGUGCAGGCUGAAGCUGCAUUUUCUUCUAGAGAUUAUUUUAGAGCUGCAUCUUUCUAUGCCAAAAUCAAUUAUAUUUUAUCAUUUGAAGAGGUCACUUUGAAGUUCAUUACUGCUGGUGAACAGGAUGCUUUGAGAACUUUCUUAUUGCGGAAGCUUGAUAAUUUAGAAAAGAGCGACAAAUGCCAAAUAACAAUGAUAUCCACUUGGGCAACUGAAUUGUAUUUGGACAAGGUUCUACAUUCUUGACAUUUGGAAUAAUAAUUCCUUUAUCUAAUUUUCUGUGAACAAUGGCAUAACAAAACCUUAUAUGAUAUCCAAAUUUAAACUAGAGUGGUGCUUAAUU